CGGGGGGCGUGUGUGUGGCGGUGCUGGGGGGCGGGGGGGGCUGGGGGGAAGGGACUGGGGGGUAGGGAGGCCUGGGGGAAUGGUGGGGGAAGGGAAAGAGGGGAGAUGGAGAGGCUGGGGAAAGCACAGGGGGGUGGGAGGGCUGGGGGGAGGACAGAGGGAGGCUAGAGAGGGCUUAGGGAGGGACUGGGGGAGGAACUGAGGAGAGCUGGGGAGUUAAUAAAAGCCCCUGGGGGAGAUUUGGGAAAGCGAUUUGGGAAGUGAAAGGAAGGCUGGGGUAAGCUGGGGGAGGGAGAACGCACUGGGGGAAGAACUGGGGAAUUAGGAAAGGGCUGGGGAGGGACUGGGGGAGGAACUGAGGAGAGCUGGGGAGUUAAUAAAAGCCCCUGGGGGAAAUUUGGGAAAGCGAUUUGGGGAGUGAAAGGAAGGCUGGGGGAACGGGUGAAGGGGGGAUGAACUGGGGAGUUAGGAAAGCCCCUGGGGGAGAUUGGGAAAGCGAUUGGGGGGUGGGGGGAUGAAAGAAAGGCAGGGGGUCGCUGGGGGAGGGAGAACGCACUGGGGGAUGGACCGUGUUGGCAAUCCGCCGGCGAUUCUGAGACAAGGACUGUUUUGACCUAACUCGGGUCCUCUUUGCUAUUUCGGAAAAAAAAAUAAUACUGGCUGUCGUGAGGAGCCAAAUGUUCAAACGCGGUACCUGAUGGUUGAAAAAAAAUGUGUCUACGUUUACAGACGCCCAACGCAGCGAGAGGGCGUCUGUAAAUCGCUAAUCUUGACCCGUCCGCUGCGAUUGGGACGGAUUUGGCUUUCACUGGUAGCCUGGUAACAUAUAUUCCCAGGUCUUUCUCUGCCUCUGUGGUGGAUAGUGGAGUGUUUCCCAUGUGGUAUUGGUGUGCUGGAUAUCCCUUCACUGGUAGCCUGGUAACAUACACUCCCAGGUCUUUCUCUGCCUCUGUGGUGGAUAGUGGAGUGUUUCCCAUGUGGUAUUGGUGUGCUGGAUAUCCCUUCACUGGUAGCCUGGUAACAUAUAUUCCCAGGUCUUUCUCUGGCUCUGUGGUGGAUAGUGGAGUGUUUCCCAUGUGGUAUUGGUGUGCUGGAUAUCCCUUCACUGGUAGCCUGGUAACAUAUAUUCCCAGGUCUUUCUCUGGCUCUGUGGUGGAUAGUGGAGUGUUUCCCAUGUGGUAUUGGUGUGCUGGAUAUCCCUUCACUGGUAGCCUGGUAACAUACACUCCCAGGUCUUUCUCUGCCUCUGUGGUGGAUAGUGGAGUGUUUCCCAUGUGGUAUUGGUGUGCUGGAUAUCCCUUCACUGGUACCCUGGUAACAUACACUCCCAGGUCUUUCUCUGCCUCUGUGGUGGAUAGUGGAAUGUUUCCCAUGUGGUAUUGGUGUGCUGGAUAUCCCUUCACUGGUAGUCUGGUAACAUACACUCCCAGGUCUUUCUCUGCCUCUGUGGUGGAUAGUGGAGUGUUUCCCAUGUGGUAUUGGUGUGCUGGAUAUCCCUUCACUGGUAGUCUGGUAACAUACACUCCCAGGUCUUUCUCUGCCUCUGUGGUGGAUAGUGGAGUGUUUCCCAUGUGGUAUUGGUGUGCUGGAUAUCCCUUCACUGGUAGCCUGGUAACAUACACUCCCAGGUCUUUCUCUGCCUCUGUGGUGGAUAGUGGAGUGUUUCCCAUGUGGUAUUGGUGGGCUGGAUAUCCCUUCACUGGUAGUCUGGUAACAUACACUCCCAGGUCUUUCUCUGCCUCUGUGGUGGAUAGUGGAGUGUUUCCCAUGUGGUAUUGGUGUGCUGGAUAUCCCUUCACUGGUAGUCUGGUAACAUACACUCCCAGGUCUUUCUCUGCCUCUGUGGUGGAUAGUGGAGUGUUUCCCAUGUGGUAUUGGUGUGCUGGAUAUCCCUUCACUGGUAGUCUGGUAACAUACACUCCCAGGUCUUUCUCUGCCUCUGUGGUGGAUAGUGGAGUGUUUCCCAUGUGGUAUUGGUGUGCUGGAUAUCCCUUCACUGGUAGUCUGGUAACAUACACUCCCAGGUCUUUCUCUGCCUCUGUGGUGGAUAGUGGAGUGUUUCCCAUGUGGUAUUGGUGUGCUGGAUAUCCCUUCACUGGUAGCCUGGUGAACUUAAAUCCCAGGUCUUUCUCUGCCUCUGUGGUGGAUAGUGGAGUGUUUCCCAUGUGGUAUUGGUGCGCUGGAUAUCCCUUCACUGGUAGUCUGGUAACAUACACUCCCAGGUCUUUCUCUGCCUCUGUGGUGGAUAGUGGAGUGUUUCCCAUGUGGUAUUGGUGUGCUGGAUAUCCCUUCACUGGUAGCCUGGUAACAUACACUCCCAGGUCUUUCUCUGCCUCUGUGGUGGAUAGUGGAGUGUUUCCCAUGUGGUAUUGGUGUGCUGGAUAUCCCUUCACUGGUAGUCUGGUAACAUACACUCCCAGGUCUUUCUCUGCCUCUGUGGUGGAUAGUGGAGUGUUUCCCAUGUGGUACUGGUAUGUUGAAUUUCCCCUCCCAAGCUACAUGACUUUACAUUUUUCCUCAUUGAAUUAUAGCAGCCACUUUUUCCUCCAUUCCUGUAGCUUGGUGAGGUCUGACUGUAGGAAAUCCGCAGUGAAGGGGUUAACCAAUCUUCGUCAACCUCCUUGGUAAAGAUUCUGAGGCCCCGUUCACUCUGUCCCGACUCAAGUCCACAACAACCCAGCGACUUAUAUGUUAGUAUUCUAAGACGCUUACGCUUUUCAAAUCAGCUAUUUCUAAGGGUCAUAAAGAGGAUCAAUAGGGUUCUAAUGAGCAUUUCUUUAGAUUCAUGCAACAGAAACAGGGUCAAACUACCACCAGAGACAUUAAACUACCUCUGGAAAUGCCCAAAACUCAUAGGAAAGCCUUGUCAAACAUGUGAACUUGGCCGACGAAAUGUUUUAAAAUAUGACUUUUAGCACAUUGAUAUCUAUGGUAAGGGAACCAGAACUGCACUGCAUACUCUAAGUGGGGUCUACUUAUGUUCUUGUGUUCUUAACUAGAGCGCUUCUAUUUCUUACG